CUCUUCUGUUUUGUUUAAAAAGACCCAAUGUGCUACGACUGCAUUUUCUUUGGAUCAUCAUCUAUGCUAAACUUGCAAAAAUGACAUCUUUAGCUCUGGUUUUGGUAUUUUGUGCCUUGGUCUCUUUAAGCAAUUCUUCCUGUUUCCAGGAACUUCUUAAACCGGGGGCAACAGAUUGUACGGAUGGCUAUGAUAAUUCCAAUCAUGUAUUUGGAAGUACUUGGACAAAUGACAGAUGUAUCCGAUGCCAUUGCACCUCCAAUCGAAUGUCCUGCUGUGACACGAUGCACAGAGCAUUUAUCCAGACUGAAGGCUGCACUGUGAAGUAUGAUUACAGCACAUGCACAUUUGAAGUGUUUCAUCCAAAGAAUCCCAAUAUUCAGUGUUCCUAUGGUGCUAUUGGAAAAUAAUUUCCAACGAUUGAAAAUUCAGAUCAGUGAUGUGUGGUGCGUAUUUCGACUAAAAUUAGUAUUCACUGUAUCCAGCGCUGAGAACUGAAAAUAAUAAACAACUAAAAAAGGUUAUGAUAACCAAAAGGUCUUGCAUUCAAGGCUUUCAUUCUUAUUUUUAUCACUAAAAAGUUCUUAUUUUUAAAGUAAAGCUCAUCGGAGAACAUCAUAUAUCUGUAAAAAAGAGUUUAUACCUUAGCAUUUGUCCAUGCAUAGAAGCCAAUGAAUGCUGUAAGACAAUUUUACUGUAAAAGUGCUGUAAAAAUAUUAUGAUUGUAUUGUUUAUUUUGAUUCCCCCCCCCCCAAUAAUUAAAUAAAAUGUUCUUAUUACACAUUA